AAAAAUUUGGGAGCGGGGCCGGAUUCUCGCUGUGUUGUCUAGGCUGGUCUCGAACUCAUGGGCACAAGCGAUUCUCCUGUCUCAGCCUCUGGAGUAGCUGGGACUACAGGCUUGAGCCACCGUGCCCUGCUCGUAUCCCUGUUUUAUAGGGUUAGGGUCUAAGACCGGAAUAUUCUAUAUUUUAAGAUUGCUUUAUUUUUGUAUUGAUACAUCCCAGUGGGCAGCAGUAACGUUGAAUUUUUUUCUAAUGCACAGUUUUUGAAUUUUGAUCCCAGGAAGCUGUCAUGGUUUUCAGGCAGCAGUAAAAUAGUUAAAAAAAAAAAAAAAAAAAAAUGAGUAUUUCUGUCCUGUUUUCAGGAAUGAACUUCCCCCCCGCCCAUCUCCAUUCAUUUGGGAAACUGUAUGAUGGUUUUGUUUCUAGCAAUAUGAGUGAAAGCAAUCUUUCACCUGUGGCCAUGUGGCAUCAGCAUUGCAGAGGCCCUCCUGGUUGUUAACGCAUGUUGAAAGUCAGCAAUAUGCAAUAUCGUGCCUCCAGGGGAUCCACUUUCAGAAGCCGACUCUGCAGGCAAGACCGACGUUAUUUUCCCGGUGGCUGUGUUCAAAACCACCCAAAGGGUUUGAGAAAUACUUUAAGAGGAGUGGAAGGAACACAAACUCCGAAACAUCAACAGCACCAAAAAAAGGGGGACUUCCCCUGGGAUGACGAGGAUUUCCGCAAUCUGGCCCUUUUGGGGGCAGGCGUUGCCAUGGGAUUUUUCUACCUCUAUUUUUGAGAUCCGGGAAGAGAGAUCACUUGGAAGCACUUUGUACAGUAUUACCUGGCCAGGGGUCUGGUGGACCGGCUGGAAGUCGUGAACAAACAAUUUGUGUGUGUUAUUCCUACCCCUGGGACCUCUUCUGAGAAGUUCGUGUGGUUUAACAUUGGCAGUGUUGACACCUUCGAGCGGAACCUGGAGUUGGCUCAGUGUGAGCUGGGGAUGGAGCCCCACAACCAGGCAGCGGUGGUCUACAGCAGCAAGAGUGACGGCUCUUUCUUGCGAAGCCUGGUGCCCGCCCUUCUCCUGGUUGGCAUUCUCCUCUAUGCUGCCAGGAGGGGCCUUAUGGGAGCCAGGCGCAGUAGACGAGGAGGCCUCUUCAGUGUUGGUGAGACGACAGCCAAGAUCUGAAAUGGCAGCAUCGAUGUGCGAUUUGCGGACGCAGCUGGGUGCGAAGAAGCCAAAUUGGAAAUUAUGGAAUUUGUGAAUUUCCUGAAGAAUCCCAAGCAAUAUCAGGAGUUAGGAGCACAAAUUCCAAAGGGAGCCAUGCUCCCUCGUCCUCCUGGUACCGGCAAGACCCUUCUUGCCAAAGCAACUGCAGGGGAGGAUGUGCCCUUCAUCACUGUGAACGGGUCUGAGUUCCUGGAAAUGUUUGUUGGCGUUGGGCCAGCAAGGGUUCGUGACAUGUUUGCAAUGGCCCGAAAAAACGCUCCAUGUGUCUUACUCAUUGAUGAGAUUGAUGCGAUUGGCAGGAAGCGAGGCCAAGGGCACUUUGGAGGCCAGAGUGAGCAGGAGACCCUGAACCAGGUGCUCGUGGAGAUGGACGGGUUCAACUCUGCCACCAACGUCAUGGUGUUGGCUGGCACCAUCCACUAUGACAUCCUGGACCCCACCCUCAUAUGGCCUGGCCAGUUUGAUCGCCAGAUUUACAUUGGUGAGCCCCCCGACAUCAAAGGCAGGUCCUCCAUCUUUAAGGUCCACCUGCGCCCACUGAAGCUGGACGACACCCUCGAUAAGGACGCCCUGGCGAGGAGGCUGGCAGCGCUCACGCUAGGCUUCAGUGGUGCUGAUGUUCUGAAUGUUUGCAAUGAAGCAGCCCUGAUUGCUGCCCGGCAACUGAGUCCUUCUGUUCAGGAGAAACACUUUCAGCAGGCCAUCGAGAGGGUCAUCGGAGGUCUUGAGAAGAAGACCCAGGUCCUGCAGCCCAGUGAAAAGACAACUGCGGCCUACCACAAGGCCGGACACGCGGUGGUGGGCUGGUUCCUGGAGCACAUGGACCCCCUGCUGAAGGUGUCCAUCAUCCCCCGGGGCAAGGGACUUGGCUGUGCACAGUACCUGCCCCGGGAGCAGCACCUCUACACCCAGGAGCAGCUCUUCGACCACAUGUGCGUGAUGCUCGGGGGCCGGGCCGAGCAGCUGUGCUUCAGGCAGAUCACGACUGGGGCUCAGGAUGACCUGAGGAAGGUCACCCAGAGCGCCUACGCCCAAAUUGUGCAGUUUGGGAUGAGUGAGAAGCUGGGCCUGGUGUCCUUCGACUUUCCCCGACAAGGCGAGGCCCUGGUGGAGAAGCCGUACAGCGAGGCAACCUCCCAGCUCAUUGACGAGGAGGUCCGGCACCUCAUCAGUGCCGCCUACAAGCGCACCCUGGACCUGCUGACACAGUGUCGGGAGGAUGUGGAGAAGGUGGGCCGUUGUUUCCAGGUGGACCAGCGGCUGCUGGAGAAGGCAGACAUGGUGGAGCUGCUGGGCCCCCGGCCCUUCGCGGAGAAGUCUACCUAUGAGGAGUCUGUAGAGGGCAUGGGCAGCCUGGAGGAGGACACAUCCCUACCCAAGGGGCUGAAGGGUUGGAACCAGGGACAGGAGGAGGAAGACGUGGAGCAGCCUGUGCAGGGGGGCUCUGCGUAGCCUGUGGUGGCUGCCUGCACCUGCUGCUGGGUGGAAUUGGGGUGACUUACUUACCUGGGGCUUUGCAAAGCAGCUGCGGAAUCUCACCCAAAACAAAAUAAAACGUGACAACUGUGAA